GCUGUCUCCGAGUGGUCUCGCGCUUCACUCUGCCGCCGCUCAACAGAUCAGACGCACGGUCGCGAAUGACCGGAAAGCACGCCGAGCCGCUGCUGUAUCUGUGGACAUUUGCUUCCUCGGAGCCCGUUUGACUCUGGAGUAUCCAAGCGGGAUUGUUAGUCUGUGUAAGAGACACACACAGAGAGAGCAGUGAAGGAGGAGGAGGCCACGGCCACUCCUUUGAUAAACUGUGCAAACGCAAAACAAGCUCGCGCAUACAGCUGCUGCUGGCUUCUGUUUACAUCCAGCAGAUGUGUUCGGACUCAUAAUUCGCUCGAGCGCUGUGUUUGGAUCCUCUGCGUUCACGAUUAUUCCCGUGUCGGAUCUUCAAAGAGGAAACAAUAACCUGGUAACACGAAUGCAGGCUAGAGUUGAGAAGAUCCUACAGCAGCAGUGAGCCGGGCCGGAGUGAGGUGAAAGCACAGGCACAUCGCAGCCAUGCUGGAGGAGGACAUGGAAGUGGCCAUCAAGGUGGUGGUGGUGGGGAACGGAGCGGUCGGGAAGUCCAGUAUGAUCCAGCGAUACUGCAAGGGCAUCUUCACGAAGGACUACAAAAAGACCAUCGGGGUUGACUUUCUGGAAAGACAGAUCAUAGUUAAUGGUGAGGACGUCAGGCUGAUGUUGUGGGACACAGCAGGACAGGAGGAGUUUGAUGCCAUCACCAAGGCCUAUUAUAGAGGAGCUCAGGCCUGUGUGCUGGUCUUCUCCACCACUGACAGAGAAUCCUUUGAGGCCAUCAGCAGCUGGAGGGAGAAAGUGGAGAUGGAGGUCGGAGACAUUCCCACCGUCCUGGUGCAGAACAAAAUCGAUCUACUGGACGACACGGUUAUCAAAAAUGAGGAGGCUGAAGGUCUCGCUAAGAGGCUGAAGUUGAGAUUCUAUCGGACGUCAGUAAAAGAAGAUCUGAACGUCAACGAGGUUUUUAAGUAUCUAGCUGACAAAUAUCUGCAACGACUCAAGCUACAGUCAGCAGAGGAGACAGAGGUUGUUCACACGUCCAGCAAUAAAAUAGGCGUUUUCAACACUGCACCCCACCAGACCGCCGGCGAUCUGAACAGCCGAGAGGUCAUAAACCUGCGCCCAAACAAGCAGAGGACCAAGAAAACAAAAAACCCCUUCGGUAGCUGCAGACUGCUGUAGAAUGGCUCUGAUUCACAGCAUGCCUUGCUGGGAAUUGAUGAGCUUCAUUAGCACUAAUUAGAGUUCAAGGAAGGUCCCACGUCCACUCUGAACGUGUGUAAUCCAGAGCAGAUCUCUCAUAAUGUGUGUGUGUGUCUGUCUCUCUGUGUGUGUGUGUGUGUGUGUGUGCGUGUGCAUCAUGCUGCUGGCGUCCUCUGCUGGCUGGCACUGCUUACAACACUAGUGUCUCUGCCAUCAGCAGCCUCACACAGUAAAUUGGAGCUAUUUUUGUACCAGUAUUGAAGAGUAAAUCUUUUGGACACUGCCCUUCCUCACAUUUUAACAAUGAUUGUGGCUCAAAAUUCGAAUGAAAAGCGAAUAUAUUUUCUCACAGUCAAAUAUAUGGUGAGUUAUUUCAGAUAUUUACAGGGUAGUUUUCUCUAAUGAGAUUAUUUACAGCAGAAACAAUUUCUAACACACCAUUUGUGCAUUUGGACCGGUCAUCGUUUGUGCAAUAUGUUUGUAUCGAUGGAGUUGCAUCAUUUGCUAUCACAUCAUUUGCUAUCACAAUUGAAACAAAGUUUCUUACAUGAACGUCGUCACGAGUUUCAAUCCAUAUGUUCUUAUAGGUAUUUUUGUAUGAAAAAUAUAGUAAAGUAAUCCAUAACAUUUAACAGAGUGCCAAAUGUUUCUAAACUCUACGUACUUGUAAGAAAUGUAAAUAGUGUUUAGUAAAUGGUUGAACAAGUCAGAUUUUUAAAUAUUUCAGAUGAACUCAACAUCAUUGAUAUGCAUCAGCAUCCUCUUCUGAAGCUCUGUCAUAUUCUAAGAGAUUGUAUUAUAGAAACAUUCUUUGGGGGUAAAGAGUUUUUUUUUAAAAUUCUGUUGGUGACAACUGGCAACGCCGCCAGAUAUUACAGCGUAAAA